UAGAUAUAGCAAAAAAUAUGAAAAACUAUUUCUUAAAUCUACUGCGACACUUCCGUAUUUGUGUGGAUCGGUGUAAGACAUGACCAGCAAGCUCUGUGCAUGCUUACUGAAUGUAUCUGAAGCACGAAACGUGCAUAUUAUAGAGAAAAUAGCUUAUGCAGCUUUAGAAGUGAAUAACAAGACAAGCAAACAGCAUUGUGCUGCAGUCCUUAAUGUAUUCUCAGACUAUGACUAUAAUAGAACAGUAAUUACUAUUGCUGCUUCUAUAUCUCAUAUAGGUCAGAGUGUCUUUGCUGCUUGUGAAAAGGCAUUUGAUUUGAUAGACUUGAGACAGCAUGAGGGUGUUCAUCCAUGCCUGGGCUCUGUUGAUUUAGUUCCCAUUCACCCCCUCUCACCAGACAUCACACUGGAAGAGUGUGGCAAGGAGGCUAAAGAUUUAGCUGAGAAGUUGUCUAGUAAAAUCCCUGGCACUUCUUUUUUCCUAUUUGGUUGGUCACACCAAGCAUGCAGGGGUCUUGUUCAAAGAAGAAAAGACGUCAGGUGGUUUGCGGGGCAUAAGACUUUGGUAGGGAAUUCAGGCAUACAGGAUGUAGGAGCAAAACCAGGGGCAAGAUAUGGAUUAACAGGUAUUGGUGCUCAUCCUUAUGUUAUGAACUGCAAUGUGACAAUUGACACACAGGACCUUACACUAGGAAAACAGAUUGCUCAAAGUUUGAGAGCUGUCAACCCGGAUGGACUUCCUGGAGUGCAGUCAAUGGCAUUUCUUCACGAAGGCAGAGUGGAAAUUGCAUGUAAUGUGGCGAGUUUCAGUCAUGAAUGUGACCAGAUCAAAGAGAUCUGUUCACACAGGUCUGACGAGAAAAAUUUCUCUGAGGUAAAAGACAAUUGCAAAACAUUAGGUGGGCAUCAACUGUUACCUGACCAAGAGCUAUGCAUGUUUGGACAGUACAAAUAUGUUUCCCCAGAAGUCAUAGAAAAGAAGGUCAAGGCCAGGGCAGCCAUAUUUGGAGUAGAGACUGUGGGAAGAGCUUUGAUUGGUUUCACUCCAGCUGGGGCUGCUGAUGUAGCAAAAUUUGCCCUUGAUAAUGGGAUUUAUGAUUACUGGAAAACUAAGUCAACUAGAACAAUGUAAUCAAUUACUGUUUACAAA